AUGGAGGAAUCCAAAGACUUGCCAGAAAUGGACCUUUCAGAGACAGAGUUCUCUGUUGUAAACUCCCAGAUGGUGUUCACAUCUAUUCCUAUUUAUAAGCAUCUGAGUUCGAUGAGGCUGGUUCCCCAGUCAGUGGGAACUCCUUGAAGUUCUAAGUCACAAUCUUACCAACUAGGGCCUCCUUUUGUGCUAGAUUCUUUCAGUCUCAGGCUAAUUGUAGAGCACUCGCUUUUGGAUAAUCUCCUGUGAGAGAAAAUCUCACUGAAAUUGGCUCAAGAAAAGAACCCAAGAAAGGAAGGAUCUGUUGGUUAUACUGAAGAACCUGAAUAUACUGAAGACCCAACCUGUAUUCAGAAGAAGGGAACUCCUCAGGAUAAUUGCUGAAAUCCGUGGGCUGAUUCAUAUUGCUUGAAAUACGAAAUUUUCAAGGAUUUAUACAACAGAGGACUUUACUGAACGAAUGGGCUAAAAUAUGGGGCUGAUUUCCUAGUCUAUAAAGGAGACCCAAAUCUCUUCCACUCCGAGUACAUGGUUAAGGUGGUAGACCUUAGCCAGUCAUUGGGAAUCAGAGAGCUUGUUGCCCUUGAAAGAGUAGCUAAACUCACAAGAAAAAUAGCAAGAUUAGGGUAUGUAGACUCUGACAGAACUGUCAAAUAUAUUCAAGUUGAGCAUUAUUUGUUAAAAGAGUCAUAAUUCAA